AUGGCAUAUGCUACGACUUCUUCUCCGGUUCUGGAUGCCGACUCCCAAUCCAGCUUAAAACUUGCGACAUCUCUCCCUCCACCAACUUCUCUACACCAUGUUGUCACUUCUCUACCUUCUGGACAACCACAUUCCAACGCGCCCUCCUUCACAUCGUCCCCAAUCUCAACUCCGACAUCAUCCUUCCCUGCCCCCGGGACGCCUUAUACUUUCACCCCUGCUGGUACUCCAUUCCAAACUGCCAGCGAAGGACUUCGUGGUCGAGUGACCGGUCUGUCACUGCCUACACCAGGUCCUCUCGAACUUGGCGAGUCCAUGAUGGCUGUCCCUGGAACUAUCCAAAGUUCCAGCUUCAAUGACUCUGCAUCUUCAAAGGCUCCGGGUCUGAUGCGCCGCAUCUCGCGUGGCGCAGCCAACAAACUUACCCGCAGAAGACAGUCCGCCACACAAAACGACAAGCGAGACCGCAGCACUGGACCCAUCAUCAUGCGUCGCCGCAGUGACAGCAAAACCGGGCCUCAGCCUGUCCGAGACAGUGCGCUUGACUCUAGUAACGAGGAUGAGACAGGCGAAGCACUGGACAACCUGGGCGCCUGGGGCGGCUCGGAGGCAUCCAGUCUUCGUAGCGAAAGCCGCAUGUCUGCUGCGCGCGAGGCUGUGCCUCCUCCCACAGUUGUUGUGGCGCCCAAAGUCGACUCGGCCGUUCAACGCGGUACUGUUCUCACAAAGGUAACCAAGAAGCGCAGAAAGCAAGUGCGCUUCUUUUUAGAUCUUGAUGCUGCCAAAGUCUUCUGGGAUGUCUCAAAUCCCGCGAAACGUUUCUAUAUUGAUGACAUCAAGGAAAUUCGGGUCGGUCCCGAUGCUCGAAAUUAUCGGGAAGAACAUCAAAUUCCCGAAGACUUGGAGCGUCGGUGGUUCACUAUCGUGAUUGCAGAUUCUGAUCGGUCCAAGGGCCGCACGGUCAAGACUUUGCAUCUCAUCGCUCCUAGCGACCGCAUUCUCGAUUUGUGGAUCACCACCCUUGAGCACAUUUCUCGAUAUAGAAUCGGCCUCAUGGCUGGUCUCGCUGGUUCGAGUCAGAGUGAGGCUGUUCUUCAGGCCCACUGGCAACGUGAGAUGUCCAGAUUAUUCCCCCAAGGCCCACCCCCGGCGGAAGAGCAGAGUCUCGACCUCGCCGCCGUGGAGAAGGUUUGCCGCAGUCUGCACAUCAACUGUUCCAAAAACAUGCUCAGGGCGCAAUUCACAAAAGCGGACUGUGCCCGCAAUGGAAAGCUGAACUUCUCCGAGUUCAAAGACUUCCUUAUGCGCUUGAAGGAACGCAAAGAUAUCAAGGAUAUCUUCAAGCAUCACACUGCCAGUCCCAAAGAAGGCAUGACCCAAACUGAAUUCCUGACUUUCCUUCGUGGUGUGCAAAACGAAGACGUCGACUCCGAUCGUGCUUAUUGGGCUGCACUGUUUGACAAGACUGUGCGCAGAUCUUCCAAAUCUCGAACUCCUUCUGCUGAAGGCUCUGAGCUUAUUCCACCGGUCAUGCGAAUGGAUCUGGAUUCAUUCUCCAUGUUCCUGGCUUCUGCUAGCAAUGGUAUCUAUGCAUCGCGUGCUCCCCAGUCAAGGUUCGAUCGCCCAUUGAACGAAUAUUUCAUCUCGAGCUCCCACAACACCUAUCUUUUAGGCCGCCAGGUAGCUGGUGCUUCGAGCACUGAAGCUUACGUGAGCGCGCUCCAGCAAGGAUGCCGAUGUGUUGAAAUCGACUGCUGGGAUGGCGCAGAUGGACGCCCGAUUGUCUCCCAUGGACGCACCUUGACCACCAGUGUGCUCUUUGCUGACUGCAUUACCGUCAUCAAUCGCUACGCCUUCAUCUCGUGCGACUUCCCUCUCAUCCUCUCUCUUGAAGUGCACUGCAACCCAGAGCAGCAGUUGGCCAUGGUGAAGAUCAUGAAAGAGACAUUCAAAGAACAACUCAUUCUUGAACCCCUGAUGACCAACUGCUAUAUCCUUCCGUCGCCGGAGGAACUCAAAGGUCGCAUUCUGGUCAAAGUCAAGACUUGCGAUGAGACCGAAUUUGAUCCUCGCCAGGACACAGUCAGUUCUGUUGGUACGCAUGGUCGCAAACGCAGUGCAAGCACGCCGUUUGUGCGCCCGGCCCCUUCAGAUUUGCCCCUUCCAUCCUUGUCCAGCCCUCCCACCAUUGGCUCCGUUGAUAGUAUUGGUCCUUUGAUUUCACAGGACCGAAGAUCUCUCACUGCGACGAGUAUGAGCAGUGCAACCGAAGACAGUGAUGGGGCUCUGGUGUCGGUCCAGAACGACAAGAAGAAAAAACGACGCCAGAAGAGCAAAAUCACAAAGCCCUUGUCUGACUUGGGUGUUUAUACCCGCGGUUACAAAUGGCAGAGCUUCUCGUCACCAGAGAGCAGGCGGUACAACCACAUCUACUCCUUUGCCGAGCGCUCUUUUGAAGGCAUCACCCAGAACCAUGAUAACAAGGUUGCACUCGAAGCCCACAACCGCAAGUACCUCACGCGAGUAUAUCCUUCAGGCUUCCGACUUCGUUCUUCCAAUUUCGACCCGAACAAAUUCUGGCGCCGUGGUGUGCAAAUGGCAGCACUUAACUGGCAAACAUACGACAUUGGCAUGCAGAUGAACCAGGCUAUGUUUGCAGCUGGUACCGAUCGCACCGGCUACAUCCUUAAGCCCGAAAGUCUUCGUUUGCCUGCUAGUGAGGAUGGAACCCAAAAGCGCAAAACAGAGCGCAAGAUGGUUCGAUUCUCAGUGGAUGUCAUUUCCGCACAACAACUUCCCCGUCCUCGUACGAUUGGGCAAGAUGACAACAUCAACCCUUACGUUGAGAUCGAGAUGUUCAGCGCGGAUGACCGUGGCCAGAGUUUCGUUCUCGGUGAGGGUGGUAUGGAUGCUUCUGCCCGCAACGGCAUGUCGGGAAUAGGCUACCCACACCGUCGGCGCACCAAGAUCGAGCAAAGCAACGGAUACAGCCCUGUUUUCAAUGACAAAUUCAAGCUCUCGCUAGAAACCAAGUAUCCCGACCUGGUGUUUGUGCGAUGGACCGUGUGGAGUUCACAAGAUGGUCGCAGCGCCGGAAACAACAACAGCGUUCAGCUGGCGACAUUCACUGCCAAGCUUACCAGUCUGUCGCAGGGCUAUCGUUAUCUGCCCCUCUACGACAACAGUGGCGACCAGUACUUGUUCUCAACCCUGUUCUGCAAGAUCUCUAAGGAAGAGCCCGUUUCUGUACAGCGUCUAGAUCUCGAAGAGCUUCGUGCUGAGCGCAUGGGCAUCUUCCGACAGAUCGGUCAGACCGUCUUCAAGCGCUCGUCCUCGGCCGAACGUGACCGAGAUCAAGCACAAGAUCGAAGUGAGCCUGUAAGUCCUGAAGAUAGGGAAGGCUCACCAAACCUGACUCCCACUGUGUCAACAACUUCCAACUCUUCAUUCGUGCAAUGA